GGGAUAUAUUCUGCUUGGCGCUCUCACAACUUCGGGUUGAAAGAGUUCAAAAUUUUCUUGAUAAUUCACACCAUUUCGCAACAUUUCUGACAUAAGUUGGUGUUUGCUAGUUUGAUUUGAGGUCCCGGGGACUGCAGUUCAUAUUAGACUCUUCUGGAGCGUGAAAACAUGCGCGCCUACGCACUGGAAACUUGAAAGGAAGUCUAGGUAACGAUACAACAAAUUGUCAAAGAUGGCGGCCACCAAACGAGCAUGGAAGUUACAGGAAUUUGUGGCCCAUGGGUCCAACGUGAACUGCCUGGCCCUGGGGUACAAGUCAGGCCGGGUCAUGGUCACUGGAGGAGAGGACAAAAAGGUCAACAUGUGGGCAGUGGGCAAGCCCAACUGUAUCAUGAGCCUGUCCGGACACACCAGUCCUGUGGAGUGUGUGAGGUUUGGGAAUGCUGAGGAACUGGUGGUGGCUGGCUCACAGUCUGGAUCUCUCAAAAUCUGGGACCUGGAGGCUGCAAAAAUCGUACGGACGCUGACGGGGCACAAGUCCAACAUCAGGAGCCUGGAUUUCCAUCCAUAUGGAGAGUUUGUUGCUUCCGGGUCAAUGGACACCAAUAUAAAGUUGUGGGACGUCAGAAGAAAAGGCUGCAUCUUUACUUACAAGGGCCACACAGAUGCUGUAAACUGUAUCCGGUUUAGUCCAGAUGGGAGGUGGAUAGCUUCAGCUGGGGAGGACUCCUCUCUCAAGAUGUGGGACCUGACGGCAGGGAAGAUGAUCCAGGAGUUCAAAGAUCACACAGGCCCUGUAACUGGGGUGGAGUUCCACCCUAACGAGUUCCUGCUGGCUUCAGGAAGUGCAGACAGGACUGUGAAGUUCUGGGACUUAGAGACAUUCCAGUUAGUUUCUUCCACAGGAGCAGAGUCUGGAGCUAUUAGGUGUAUAUUUUUCCAUCCUGACGGGAAGUGUCUGUUCGGAGGGAGUCAGGACGCCCUGAGAGUGUUUGCGUGGGAGCCUGGCAGGUGUUUAGAUGCCUUCUCCAUGGGCUGGGGGAAGGUGGCCGACAUUUCCGUCGCAUCCUCACAAUUGAUAGGAGCAUCCUUCUCUCAAACCAAUGUAUCUGUGUAUAUUGUAGACCUAAAUACUGUGACUUGCAGUCCCUCUCAAAUAAAGAGAGCCCAGAUGUCAGGUCCUGGGAUGGUGAGUCAGCCUGUCCCUGCUGAGCCUGUCAAACCCCCAAUGUCAGCAAGCGGCCGUCGCACGUUCAUCACCGAACGUCCACCUACCUCCUCCACCAAGAAAGCCAGUGAGAUGAAGACAGAACCAGAGGAAGAGCCGACCGCGUCCAACGAGCCCGAGGAUGACAGCUCCAACGUGGCUCAGAUCGAGAACCCAGACGACUAUCGGGAGGUCUUUCAGGGCAGGACCAAGAUAGAGCGAACCCCCCCAAGGAAACUUGAGCCCUUCCCGGCCCCACCGGAAGAUUCCCCGACGGAAGAUCAGUCUAAAGCAAAACCAUACAAACAGCCAGCAAAGGAGCCGAAAGCAAAACAGGAACCCGUCAAACCUGCCACCAUCGUCCCAGCGGAUAGGAACAAACCAGCAGACCUCAAUUUGGCUGAGUUCCUACCGAAGAGACCAGACUCAGCGGUGUCGGCUGACCCCAGACGACCCCCAGCGGUACAGGAACAGUCGGAGGAAGAGGUCCUGUCCAGCGUACACAAGGGGCACGAGUCCAUGUGUGCCGUCCUGGGCAACAGGCACCGCAACCUGGAGAUCGUCAGGGCGCUCUGGACCAGCGGAGACAUCAAGACUUCAGUAGACUCUGCUGUUGGAAUGAAGGACCUGUCUGUUAUGGUGGAUCUUCUGAAUGUACUCAUCCUCAAACACUCCUUGUGGACUCUAGAUCUAUGCACAGUUUUGCUGCCUCAAAUCCAGGAGCUCUUGUCAUCCAAAUAUGAGAGCUACUGCCACACAGCCUGUAAUGCCUUGAAGAUUGUCCUGCGCAGCUUCAGCUCUAUCAUCAAGACCAACGUUCAAGCUCCUCCAGCGGGGGGUGGGGUCGACAUAUCCAGGGAGGAAAGAUACAAGAAGUGUAAGGUGUGCCACGGCCACCUCAUGUCCAUCCGUGGGCUGGUGGAGAAGAAACAGUCCAUGUCUGGGAAACUGGGCAGCACCUUCCGUGAGCUGCAGAUCAUGCUCAACGGUCUGGACGACUAAAUCUCGCACCAAACCUUCCACGCGGAGUUCCUUCUCAUGCAACUUCUUCACGUUCCAAACUCCGUAUCGGCUUCAUAAAAGCACAGAGACAAUAUCCAGUUUUGCGCUGAAAUCUGGAAAAAUUGCUAUUAUGCUAAGGAAAGUGACUCUCCCCCUGGAACUGGAAUAAUAGGAAAAGGAGGACCAUGGAUAAGAUAGGCCUGUUCUGAACUUAAAGCUGCUCCGAUAGUGUAGUUAAUUCUACAGUGACUUUGGUAAGGCAAUUUGUGGACUGUAUCUUGCCAAGGAUAUUGGGACACCACAUUUGGAGUGUAGAGUGAGAGUGGUUGAGUUUCACGUGAAUGUUUGUGUUAUGUUGGUCCUCCAUCUUGCCCUCGCCACACUUUUGUCUCCAUAAAACUGAAAUACUAAUUUGAAAUAUGGUAUCUUUCAUGCAUAAUUUUAUGGUUUACUGAUUUUGUCAAUCCCAUGGAAUCCAGUUGUUCUUUGUCUUGUGUUGUGGGAUGUCAUAUGUCUGGUGGAGGGACUAUUAGGGUUACAAUGCACAAGAAGUUGUGAAAAAUUUACAGUUUUUCAGACUUUCAAGACUAAGAAGCUGUGCAUGUCUAAGAACAAAAAGUUAAUCCGUGCUCAAAGGUUGUGUCUGACACAAAAUAUUGUAAACUGAGCAAAUUUCAACAGAACCUACAUUAUGUGUGCAUAGUUUUGUAUUUGACUGAAAAUUUAAAGUUUGCUCAAGUUACCUAUAAACACAAAGGAGGCUUCAUUCACAAAAAAAAUGUCUUUCACAGCUUACAAUAUGAUAUACCAAAAAUGUCCCACAAAAUUACCUUUAAUACUCACUCUUGCGAAGGCCAACAACUCUGAGUACCCUCAGACAUUGUCGCAUACUGGACAAAGCACAGAUGGAGAAGAAGUUGUAGUUUCUUUGCAGUAUUUCUGGAAAAUUCAGAAUGUCCAAGUGCAGUUAGCAACCUUUUGCUGGUUGCAGUCGCAAUGCUGCUCUCCUAACACUAGGUGUCUCUUCUGCAAUAGUGGAACUACAGUACUUCAGUGUUACAUGUACACGUAGUUUCCAACUGAUGCAGCUCCAUCAAACACUGGCUGCUCAAGGUGAUAGGUGAUAUGUAAGUUGAGCUUGUAUACCUUGUAGCUUUCUUUGUAUAUUUGAAAAGUGAAAAUGAGCAUGCUUUGUCUCGUGUAUGUAUGGCAAACAUCUUCUGCAGUAAUAUUUAAUUUGUCUAGAAUACAGUAUGAGUAUUGUCAAGCCACUGAAAAAGAAUUUGGUGCAAAUGAUUUAGUCCAAGUGUGAACUUUUCAGCCGGAGUUGUACCUGCGAAUAGUGACAAACUGUCAGCCCCUUAUAUUGGGGAGUGUACAUACAUAUAUUUGCCUUGAAAAGGGGGUUUAAAUUUAAUAACAGUGUUGAUUUGAUGGUGUCUGCUUUUGUGGAGAAACAAUAAGUGUCACAAUAAGUGAUGAUCACUUAAGGGUCUGAUAUGUAUGGAGCUGGCACUGCAUUUUGAUGUGAAUUAUACUUAAAACUUUGAAAAUUAAUGAUGAAUUACAGAUUGUAGAGUAUUUCAAAUGGCUUGCAAGUAGGAGCUUAUGUUUGUGUUUUGUUUCCAAAUUUGGCCAUAUUUGUGUAGCAAAGUAAAUGCUGUCACAGUAAAGAAUAGAUGUAUAUAGAUAUGUACAUUUGCCUUUCCUUUGUCAACCAUAGCUAUUGGGCUAGAGUAGCCAAACGUUUGCAUAUUAUGGUGCCUUUGAACUAUGCAUGGCCAUGAUGUCAACAAGUGCUGGUAUACCUCUAGAAACUUCCGAAAAUUGUAAGGAAAGGUAGUCUCGUACGCUGUGCUUUGUAUGCUUUUGGGAUCGGUUAUACUGACAAAAUACAAUAAGGGAUCAAAGAGCAGCAUCACUUGCUGAAACUAGAAAAUGUAAUUCUGCAAGUCUGUAUCACAAAACUCUGUUACUUCUGAACGUACAAUGAAAUCAAUGUUUCUUUCCAUAAAACACUGGAUUUUAGAUCCCUAAAUGUUACAAAGUCCAGCUCUGUGAGACACUUCUUAUUGCCUAUAGUAGGCAGAUCUCCAGGAUUUUGUUUGUGUGGUUUGUGAUAGAGCCUGGGAGCACUGUUGUCCUGCACAAGAUUGAUCAUGAUAUUUUCCUUCACAACAA